GGUGGAAGUUCUCAUAACUGAGCAGCAGCCCGAAAGAGACGCCAGUCCCGCUCUAACUGUUGACGGAGGAAGGCUACUCGGCUCUGCGUCUGGGCUUCUGUGAGACUCCCGUUUCAAUCCUUGAAAUUUGAAAUUGAAAGGCGACAAUUUACAGACGAAAAGAAAUCUGUAUCAAUACUAGGAUCGUUUCAAGGAAGUCCUCCUACUUGCGUGAACGCUAUUAAGAUGGCGCUGCAGGGGCCGACACGCCAAUUGCCGGAGGUGGUGGUACUUCCAAGGCUGUUCGAAAUGACGGUAUUGACUUGCCCGACGGCGCCGGCUGUUAAGGAUGUUCGACAAAACGUUUGGCUCUCCUACUAUCACCUGAACCAGAGAGCAAAUGCGCUAGCCAGAUGUUUGCUUCGGCGUCUGAGAGGGACUGCGGUGUCCAAUCCCGAUGGCGAUCGUAUCGUGGCCAUCUGUAUGGCACCGACGUCACAUCUGGUUACUUGUCUGCUAGCAAUACAUAAGGCUGGCGCUGCGUAUCUUCCUCUAGACGUGACUUUCCCUGAAUCCCGUGUGGCUCACAUCUUGCAAGACGCCCGCCCUGCCCUCCUCCUCGCCCACGGCCGACCCAGAGCCGUCCAGGCGGCUCAAGCAGCCCUACAGCUCGACAACAACGUGCCAGUGCUGCACUUGGAGGACCUCCACACCGAGAUGGAGAGCGAGAACGACGAAGAGUUGAAUGUACGCGAAGUAGGACUGACGGUGAACGGGUCUUCCAUUGCCAUGAUACUGUACACUUCGGGGUCAACGGGGGUUCCGAAAGGAGUUCGCUUGUCACACAGAGCAGCCCUUAAUCGCCUGGCCUGGCAGUGGCAGACAUUCGCUUAUCAAAAGGAUGAGGUAUGCUGUUUCAAGACGGCUCUUACUUUCGUGGACUCCAUCAGCGAAAUAUUUGGGCCUCUUCUCUCUGGUCGUCCGCUAGUUAUUAUUCCCAAGGCAGUAACUCAGGCGGUGGAUGAACUGGUCAAUGUACUUGAAAGGGAAAGCGUGGGAAGACUAGUGUUGGUACCAACUCUCCUUCGUUCCAUAAUACUCUACUGCUCUGAACCAAAGGCUCCUAAACUCAAGAAUCUCCGGCUAUGGGUGUGCUCGGGCGAAGUGUUUCCUCCGGACCUACUGACUGCUUUCUUCGCCGCCUUCGCCGACGGUCAGACAAUCUGCAACUUUUAUGGAUCAACAGAAGUCCUUGGAGAUGUCACAGCCAUUCAAUUUCAAAGAAUUGAAGACUCAGUCAUUGAAAUGAUUGACAAGAAAGUGCCCAUUGGUUUCCCCAUCGCAAAUUGCCGAAUCUACCUCCUAAACGGUGAUGGCAACCCAGUUUCAGAGGGACAGAUUGGGGAAAUUUUCGCAGCAGGUCUUAAUCUCUCCAGUGGAUACGUGGGUGGGGCUCAGCAGGACAAAUUUGUCAGCAACACACUCUCGCAAGAUCCAGAUUACAAGGUACUGUAUCGUACGGGUGACUUCGGGCGAGUGGUGGGUGGCAAAUUAUUUUACGAGGGACGCACUGACUCACAGGUCAAGGUCAGAGGGCAUCGUGUUGACCUUAGUGAAAUCGAGGCGGCGCUACAGAAAUUGGAGGAAGUUGAUAAGGUGUAUAUCCUUGUCUAUAAACCUGGGGAAUUUAACCAGGCUCUCGUCGCCUUCUACACGAGUAACGACGAAGGAAUGAUGCCAGAGAAAAUAGCGCUGAAAUUAGCUAGUCUUCUCCAGCCAUACAUGCAGCCCCAAUUGGUUUAUCUGGAUGAUCUGCCUCUUCUUGUCAAUGGCAAAGUGGACCGUCAGACCUUACUGAAGAUGUAUGAAAACCAAUCUGAAGGAGAGACAGAAGACUUGCUUAUCGACCUUACAGGGGUCGAGCCGGAAAGGCAGGCCGCAGCGCGAGUACUUUUGUUGACUGUUGGGCGUGUAGUGGGAGCGUCAGUGACCAAGGGUUCUCCUUUGUCCAUUAAAGACAGCUUCUUCGAGGUCGGAGGGAAUUCCCUUAACUCGGUGCUGACUGUAACGAGCCUACAGGAUCGCGGCUACCAUAUUGGUAUAGGAGAGUUCCUAAAGGCUUCGACAUUGGGAGAAGUGUUGAAUCACAUGCAACAGUUCGAGGUAGAAGAAGAUGUUUCUGAAGGCAACAUUUGCCCCAAAGUUAAGGAUGUACAAGAGUACGAAUGUCUUCCUCUUGACUUUUCACACAAGGAAGUCGUUUUCAGCCUGAUCAGCGAGAGCUUCGCCAAGAAAGGAGACCUAGAGAUGUGGCUGCAUACUGAGCCUUGGGAGUAUCAACAACUUCUCGAACCCCUUUUCCCUACCCUAGUAGAGAAAGACCUAAGUUUCGUGGUGAUGCGGCAGGGAACAGAAGAGGUGGUUGCUGUUGCCUUAAACUUUGACCUUCACGACGAACCUGUAGUAGAGGACAUCUCACCGAAGCUCACCUACGUCCUUGGCUUUCUUGAAGAAUGUGAAGCUCCACAACGGAGCAAGUUACCUCAGGGAAUCGGUAACGUCAUCCAUAGUUUCAUGAUGGGCACAUUACUAGAACUGGGACCAGUUGAAAAUGUGGUGCUGAUUCAGAUCAUGGAGAAGGAGAACCUAAGCCUCGCCAAGAAAAGAGGUUACAAUGCUGUUUUUACCACCAAUACAUCUGGGCUUACUCAGCAAGUGUGCGAUGACCUGCUUUCAUACAAAGUACUUGCAGACUACCAGGUUAACCUGUGGGUAGCUCCAGAUGGAACGAAACCCUUCAAAGAUGCUCCGAACACUCAACGAACUGUUACUACCGUGAAGUAUAUAUAAGAUGUGCCUUAUUCUACACAUCGUGUGGAAAAUAUGAUGGAGAAAUGAGUUGCAUGCCUACUCAUAUUAUAUUGUCAACUAUAGCAAUAUUGUAGUGCCUUUGUACAUCACCAUAUAAUAUGUAUGAGCGAAUUAUGCAUAUAUUGCGUCUAAAUGAAUUAAAAGAAGCAAUAAAAUAUCUAUCAUCCCUUCUCCUUUUCAAUCAGUAUAUAUGUUUUUUAAAUUUAUGCUAAAUAUAUUAUCUUUGUAUCUAGUUGC